GGAGCCGGUGGUUUUAGAUUUUGGCUUAAUACGACCGGUCUGCAAAGUCCGCAUCCAUCAUAAAAGUUACACAAGACUUUUCGAUGAGAGAGUCAAGGUGUGCAAGUGCGUGGAAAUUGUAGAAUGAAAAUAAAAUAAAAUAAAAAAAACUUGUGGGACAACAAUGCAAACAUUAUUGUUUCCUUUAACUACUUGCCGAUCCAAGCUUUAGCCAACACAAUCGUGAAUCCAACCAUGAAGUCUUGCUUCGCCUUCUCCAUCUCUCUUUCCUUCCUCCUCGUUCUUCUCAGCGUUUAUACUCCAAGUUCUGAAUCAGCACCACCUAAUUAUCUAGACCAUUACUGCCCAAACGAAACCCUCUUCGCUCCCAAUUCCACCUACCAAUCCAACCUCAACACCCUCCUCUCCAACCUCUCCUCCGCUGCUACUGCCGACACCGAUGGCUUUGCCAACGCCACUGCCGGCCAAAACCCUCCCGAUGAGGCCUAUGGGCUCUUCCUCUGCCGCGGUGACGUCAACGCCUCCACGUGCAGCGACUGCGUCGCCACCGCAAAGCAGGACAUCCUCCGGAUAUGCCCCAACCAGCGAGUCUCCGUGAUCUGGUACGACGAGUGCAUGUUGCGGUACUCGAACCAGUCCAUCUUCUCGGUCGAGGAAGAAUUGCCUUCUUUAAUGAUGUGGAACCCCGGGAACAUCACUGACCCGGCCAAGUUCGUGCAAGUACUCGGCGAUGCCAUCAAAGACGUCGCCUGGAGGGCUUCGGUCGGUGAAUCCGGGAAGAAAUUCGCAGUCGGGGAGGCUAAUUUCACGAGCUCGCAGACGCUAUACACGCUCGCGCAGUGCACGCCGGACUUGACGGCCUGGGACUGUAACACGUGCCUCCGGUCGGUGAUUCCGGGUCUUCCCGAGGGGAAGCAAGGAGGGAGGAAACUCACGCCCAGCUGCGCCGUGAGGUUCGAGUUGUACCCCUUUUAUAAUAUCUCCGCCCUGCUGGCCCCGCCUCCUCCUCCGGUGACGACUUCUGAAGGCCCUCUUCCUCCUCCCGUUACAAUACCUGAAGGAAAAUGCGACAAAUCAGCCGUGAUAAUCGUCGCCAUUAUCGUUCCUGUCGGAGGUGUUUUGGUACUUCUCUUCCUCACUCGUUGUUUCCUUCGAAGAAAAGGAAAAAAGACGAAUGAAGCCGUCAAAGGAAUGAGCGGUGCAAUUGAACUUACCACCAAGGAGUCCUUGCAAUUUGACUUGGCUACAAUACGAGUCGCGACCAAUGAUUUCUCUCCCGAAAACAAGCUGGGUGAAGGUGGAUUUGGUGAAGUUUUCCGGGGUUGUCUUCCUGAUGGACAACAAAUCGCGGUGAAGAGGCUAUCUCAAAGCUCAAGACAGGGUGAUGACGAAUUCAAGAAUGAAGUUCAAUUAGUUGCAAAGCUUCAACACGGAAACCUUGUACGACUGCUUGGAUUUUGCUUGGACGGAGUCGAAAAGCUACUGGCCUACGAGUUUGUGCCAAAUAAAAGCCUUGAUUACUUCUUAUUUGAUCCACAAAGAAGCAGCCAAUUGAAUUGGCCAUUACGUUAUAAAGUAAUAUCCGGGAUUGCUAGAGGAAUGCUUUAUCUACAUGAAGAUUCUCGUCUCCGGAUCAUCCAUUGUGACCUAAAAUGUAGCAAUAUCUUGUUAGACAGUGAAAUGAACCCGAAGAUUUCAGUUUUUGGCAUGGCAAGGAGUUUUGGAGUCGAUCAAACUCAGGCUAGCACAAAUAAAAUUGUGGGGACUUUUGGUUAUAUGUCUCCAGAAUAUGCAAUGCAUGGAGAGUUCUCAGUGGAAUCCAAUGUCUAUAGUUUUGGCAUACUGCUUCUAGAGAUCAUUUGCGGCAAGAAGAAUAACUUUUAUCAGCAAUUGGGAAGGGGUGAAUAUCUUGCUACUUAUGUGUGGAAUCAAUGGAGAGAUGGCACGCCCUUGAAAGUGUUGGACCCGGUCAUCGCGUAUUCAUAUUCAAGAGAUGAAGUACUUCGAUGCCUGCACAUUGGCUUACUAUGCAUUCAGGAAGAUCCGGCUAUCAGGCCCACCAUGGCCACUGUAGUUCUCAUGCUCAGCAGCAGUUCCUUCAGUAGAUUGAGGGGACUGAGCAUCCCAACGAAAGAGCUUGAGUCGGACCAAUCCACAAGUAGGACUAUGCCUUCGUCGAGCAGUGGUGUGUCGGUUACUGAGUUCAACCCCUGGUGAAUGGUGGUGUGAGCGAAAUCUUUCUUCAUGAGGUCUCACAGUGACAUUGCUUGGCCUUUCACCAAGAUUCUAUGAAAUUGGAGAAUUAGCUGUUAAUUGCACAAGGGGUUGGAGUGCUAAAAGAAGAGUCUAUACAUGCUAUUAUGAUUCGUCAAAGACUUUGCUACUGUUUGAGGCUAAAUCAUACGUAGGUCCACUGUAAUUUUAGAGCAUUUGUACAUUAUUGUGCUGAAUCCAAAUACUUCACUUGUGUAAACUAAAUAAUCAAAUUGAAGUAUUCGUUAGCUGACCAAGUAGACUACACAUUUCUUCACUAUUGAAGCUAGUGGGGUUUCGGUGUUGUUAAUAAAUCCAACUUCUUUAACUUUGUAUUGUCAAUGCUCUUUCUCUUGUGAAACUCAGGAAUGAAUUUGUUGCAGUUGUGCUUGUGCCUGAUAUUUUGGCACAAAA